UUGAGAGGUUGGUGUUGUUGUGGUCAGGGGGCUAACAGCUACGGGCAGCUGGGACAGGGGCAUGCGGAGGACCAGUGUGUGCCCCGGCUCUGUGACAGCGCUGAGCUCCAAAACACAGCGGUCCGCUCCCUCAGCGGCGGCGGGGGACACUCCGUGGCUAUCGCUGAGAGUGGGGAGGUGUUUGUGUGUGGACAGAAUCACAGAGGCCAGCUGGGACUUGGUCACACUGCAGAUGUCCUAACUCUUCAGCUUUGCUCCAUCUUGAAUCAGAGAGUCACAAACGUAGCGUGCGGUUGGGAUUUUACACUCCUUCUCACGGAUUCUGGCAAACUGCUGGCAUGUGGGUCCAAUGCAUUUGGUCAGUUGGGCGUUGGACCAGCAGUCACACACUCUGCAGCUCUACUAGGAGUUGAGAGUCUGAAGGAACCAAUAGUGAGUGUGGCAGCAGGACUCAGGCAUUCACUCGCAGUUGGUGACUCGGGUUGUGUCUAUCAGUGGGGAACUGGUCUGUUUAGUCAUGCCAAGCGAGCUCUCAGUCCACACCCAGUUCCACCACACCUCUGCUCUAAGCUUCCCUGCCUGGUUCCUGGUCUGGACCAGCAGAAAUCACAUCUGGUAACAGCAGGUUCAGCACACUGUGUGUGCCUGACAGGACAAGGUGAAUUAUUUCUGUGGGGAAGCAACAAGCAUGGCCAGCUCACAGUCUCCGAGCCCUUCCUGUCCUCUCCAACUAUCCUGAGGCCAUCGCUGCUGAGUGGAGAGAAAGUUGUGAGUGUCUGGAGCGGCUGGACUCACAUUGUUGCUCAAACAGAGAGUGGCAGAGUAUUCACAUGGGGCAGAGGAGAUUAUGGACAGCUGGGCCUACAAGCCUCAGCCAGUCAGCUAAGGGAGCAGCACUCAGCUGGAGCGCUGCUGGACUGUCCUCUGGACGGGAAGAUGACAGCCCAAACCAGAGAGGUGUGCCUCCCUUUCGAGGUUAAAGUUCUCCAUGGAGCAACACAGAUCGCUUGUGGAUCAGAACAUAACCUCGCCGUUGUAGGGGGAUGUCUUUUCUCUUGGGGCUGGAAUGAACAUGGGAUGUGUGGAGACGGUUCGCACUCUGAUGUCUCUCAUCCUCAGGUUGUUUCUGACCUGAGACCUGUUGUCAUUGGCUGUGGAGCCGGACACUCGAUGGCAGUGUGUGCAGCGACAACUGAGCCAAUACAAAAAUCUGACUCCACUUGA